GUCCCUCCAAUAUUCUACUCGGGGCGAGCUGCGAGCAGGGGUCAGGCGGCAGGCAUGUCUGCUCCCUCCCUACCUCGCGCCCCUGCUUUUGUACCUUUGCUUGGAGCCAGAGCGCAGGCAUCUUCCUUUGUGUCAUUUGCCACUGACAACACAUCAGAGCUGAGCUGAGUGAGGUGAGAGGCAUCCCUCCCUGCCCACUGCCCACUGCCAACUUCACCCGACUGCUUGUGCGAGAAGAAAGGAAGGCUGCGCGCUUCCUUUCUUUGGCCUCACCCUCGUCUGCCCUCACCCUCUGCUUGCCUGCUUCCAUGUUUGAACACACAAGCUAGAGAGAGCCCUUUCCCAGCAAUGGAGGUGCUUCCCCUGCUGCUGCUUCUCUUCUUCUCCUUCCCUCUCGCGCCGGCGCCGGCCACCGGCCUCCUCUCGCCCAAGGGCGUAAACUAUGAAGUGCAAGCUCUCAUGAUGAUCAAGAACUACCUCAAGGAUCCCCAUGGCGUGCUCAAGAACUGGGACCAGGACUCCGUCGAUCCCUGCAGCUGGACCAUGGUCACCUGCUCACAGGAAAACCUCGUCACCGGCCUGGAAGCUCCAAGCCAGAACCUCUCCGGCCUGCUCUCCCCGAGCAUAGGCAACCUGACCAAUCUCGAGAUAGUCCUACUGCAGAACAACAACAUCAACGGGCGAAUCCCGGCAGAGAUUGGCAGGCUCACGAGGCUCAGGACGCUCGAUCUCUCCAGCAACCACUUCUCCGGCGAAAUCCCCGGCUCCGUCAGCCGCCUCAGAGACCUCCAGUACUUGAGGCUCAACAACAACACACUGUCCGGCGCAUUCCCUUCGUCGUCGGCUAAUCUGUCGCACCUUGUUUUCUUGGAUCUGUCCUACAAUAAUCUGAGCGGUCCAGUUCCAGGGUCCUUGGCAAGGACAUUCAACAUAGUAGGGAAUCCACUGAUCUGCGGAGCAGCUACAGAACAGGAUUGUUAUGGAACUUUGCCGAUGCCGAUGUCCUACAGCCUGAAUAACACACAAGGUACUGUAACGCCAGCCAAAUCUAAGAGCCACAAAGCCGCAAUUGCAUUUGGUUCUGCGAUAGGUUGCAUCAGCGUCCUUUUCCUAGUUACAGGAUUGCUGUUCUGGUGGAGGCAUAAGAAAAAUCGGCAGAUUCGUUUCGAUGUUGAUGACCAGCACAUAGAGAACGUCAACCUUGAGAACCUGAAGAGGUUUCAGUUCAGAGAGCUCCAGGCUGCAACAGAGAACUUCAGCAGCAAAAACAUGAUAGGAAAAGGCGGUUUUGGAAAUGUUUAUCGAGGGAAGCUCCCAGAUGGAACUAUAGUAGCAGUCAAGAGGCUGAAAGAUGGAAAUGCGGCAGGCGGGGAAUUGCAAUUUCAGACUGAAGUCGAGAUGAUCAGCUUGGCAGUGCACCGGAAUCUCCUUAGGCUCUGCGGGUUCUGCAUGACUGCCACCGAGAGGCUACUGAUCUAUCCAUACAUGUCCAAUGGAAGUGUUGCAUCACGCCUGAAAGGGAAGCCACCACUGAACUGGAUCACAAGAAAGGGGAUAGCACUCGGUGCAGCAAGAGGCCUCCUAUACCUGCAUGAGCAGUGUGAUCCCAAGAUCAUCCACAGGGAUGUAAAGGCAGCGAAUGUACUGCUCGAUGACUUCUGUGAAGCAAUUGUUGGCGAUUUUGGGCUUGCCAAGCUCCUGGAUCACCGUGACUCGCAUGUCACCACAGCUGUGAGGGGAACUGUAGGCCACAUUGCCCCAGAGUACCUCUCCACGGGUCAGUCAUCUGAGAAAACUGAUGUCUUUGGUUUCGGGAUCCUGCUGCUAGAACUGAUCACCGGACAGACUGCACUUGAGUUUGGAAAGUCAUCAAAUCAGAAGGGAGCCAUGCUGGACUGGGUGAAGAAGAUGCACCAGGAAAAGAAGCUCGACGUCCUUGUCGACAAGGGACUCGGAAGCAGUUACGACCACAUUGAGCUAGAAGAGAUGGUGCAGGUGGCGCUGCUGUGCACCCAGUAUCUCCCCGGUCACAGGCCUAAGAUGUCGGAGGUGGUCAGGAUGCUCGAAGGCGAUGGGCUGGCAGAGCGGUGGGAGGCAUCACAGCGUACUGACUCGCACAAGUUCAAGGUACCCGACUUCACCUUCGGGCGCUGCUACUCCGACCUGACAGACGACUCGUCAUUGCUGGUGCAAGCAGUUGAGCUCUCCGGACCGAGAUGAUACCAUGACAGAGAGUGGAAGACAGGAAACAUCAUUAGUUGUUUCCAGCAGGACCUGUACAGCAAAAACCUGCUUACAAUGGCAAACAACAUAGUGUAGCCAUCAUCUAGUGAUGCAUUCUGUCAGGAAGUGGAGCACAUCUCAGAUGAAUUGUACAAAGAAAGAAGGGCACAACCUAGUUAUCUAGGCAUGGUAUAUUUUACAUUAACAGAUUCUGUAAACUGUUGGUACAAUAAAAGAUGACACGGCAAUGUUUUUGAGAUGUAAGUUUUGAUUCUCUUUCCCCCUUUUGUCUUCUCUGCCUUCACUAGUUUUAGUUUGUAAAAUUGUUGCCAUUGGAUUGCAACGACCUGGCAGUGUCAUGUUGUCUUCACACUGAUAUAACUCCAAAUUCUAGUCUACUUA